UAUAAAUUCAUUGUUCCACCUCCUCUCAUCUUCACAUUUCUCUCCCUUCUCCUCUUGUUCACAUCGACAGACUGGGGAUAACAACCAGCAUUAGAAAGAGAGAAGUGGUUUUACAAAAUCCAGGGCAUUUUUUUUUACCAUCUCACCGGAGACGAUCGAGCCUUUUUUGGCUUAUGUUUCUUCUCCUCUCUUCAAACAAAAGGGGGCAAAGGAAGGCAAGGCACUAGCUUCUGAAAGUGCCGAUCUGUAUCGGACCCCCCUGCCUCUGUUGAGGAGGAGGAUGCAGUGACUACAAGAGAGAAGUGGAAGAAGAGUGGAAAGUGCUCAAACUUCUCCGCUCGCGGGUGUGAGCCUCACUUGUUUGCCGCCUGUUCAGCAGCUGUUUCAGGAUUGUGGUGUUCUCCUUCCAUGUGCUCCUGACUCUUCCCUGCAGAGAAACGCAAAGUUCACACGCGAGCUGCCUUUGUUGACAUUUUUUUUCUUCCUCCCACUCACACUUGCUUCAACCUUGGGAGGAUUUUUUUCCCCUCUGAAGCUCCUCUGUUGAUCUCCACCGGGUGAUUUUUUUUUGAGAGAGAGAGAGAGAGACAAAUAUGGUCCUGAAGUUUGUUUCCCUGCUGCUGGCUGCGGAGUUGCACUUUGCUGCUGCCAAGACCGGAGCUCCAACAGCAACAACAGCAGCAGCACCUGCUUAUGAUAAAACCCAGCCGCCUCCCGGAGCAGCAGCCGCAGCCGCAGCAGCAGCAUCCCCCCGCGCUGGCCGCCAGCAGCUGCCCCGGCCCAGCGGCCUGGUGGGGAACAUUGACCAGAUCUACUCCGGGGGCGGCAGGGUGGGCUACCUCCUCUACGCGGGGGGCAGCAGGUUCCUCUUGGAUCUGGAGCGGGACGAGCUGGUGGGCCCGCAGGCCCCCGGGCAGCAUGCCCGCGGCUGGGCUCACUGCUAUUACCGGGGCACGGUGGACGGCAGCCCCCAGUCCCUGGCCGUAUUUAACCUUUGCGGGGGGCUGGAUGGCUACUUCGCGGUCAAACACGCCCGCUACACGGUGAAGCCCUUGCUCCGGGCCAAGGGGGCGGCCCCGCGACGGGUCUAUGGGCCCGGCUCCGCCCUGAUCCCGCACCUCUUCCGCAAGGACCAUUUCAGCUUCGAGACGGUGCCUUCGCGCCCCAGCUGCGAGACGCGCGGCUCCGGCCCGGCCCCGCCGCUGGCAGGCGAAGGCGGGCGGCGGGGGGGCCAGGAGCGCCCCGCCCAGCCCCAGCUGGCCCCCAGGGCAGCGCUAGCCCCGGGGCCCUUUGCCCCGCCCGGCGCCGGGCGCAGGAGCAGGCGCUCCAUCUCCAGAGCCCGCCAGGUGGAGCUGCUGCUGGUGGCUGACGGCUCCAUGGCCAAGAAGUACGGCAAGGGCCUGCAGCACUACCUGCUGACCCUGGCCACCAUCGCCUCCCGGCUCUACGGGCACGCCAGCAUCGAGAACCCCAUCCGGCUGGCCGUGGUGAAGGUGGUGGUGCUGGGCGACAAGGAGAAGGGGCUGGAGGUCAACAAGAACGCAGCCACCACCCUGAAGAACUUCUGCAAGUGGCAGCACCAGCACAACCCGCUGGAGGACCAGCAUGAGGAGCACUACGAUGCCGCCAUCCUCUUCACCCGGGAGGAUUUAUGUGGGCAUCAUUCAUGUGAUACUCUGGGAAUGGCAGACGUUGGGACCAUAUGCUCUCCUGAGCGCAGCUGUGCAGUGAUUGAAGAUGACGGCCUCCAUGCAGCUUUUACAGUGGCUCACGAAAUUGGGCACCUGCUUGGGCUUUCCCAUGAUGACUCCAAAUUCUGUGAGGAGAACUUUGGCUCCAUGGAAGAUAAGCGCUUAAUGUCCUCCAUCCUGACUAGCAUUGAUGCUUCCAAACCCUGGUCAAAAUGCACUUCAGCAACCAUAACUGAAUUUUUGGAUGAUGGUCAUGGGAACUGUUUACUCGACCAACCACGAAAGCAGAUCUUGGGCCCUGAGGAGCUUCCAGGACAAACGUAUGAUGCCAUUCGUCAGUGCAAACUCGCAUUUGGACCUGAGUACACAGUGUGUCCUGGCAUGGAUGUAUGCUCUCGCCUGUGGUGUGCAGUUGUUCGCCAAGGUCAGAUGGUGUGUCUGACUAAGAAGCUACCUGCUGUGGAGGGGACACCAUGUGGGAAAGGAAGGAUCUGCCUCCAAGGAAAAUGUGUUGACAAAACUAAAAAGAAAUAUUAUUCGGCUUCAAACCACGGUAACUGGGGUUCCUGGGGUCCUUGGGGACAGUGCUCCCGUACAUGUGGUGGAGGGGUUCAGUUUGCCUAUCGUCACUGCAACAACCCAGCUCCUAGAAACAACGGGCGAUACUGCACUGGAAAGAGGGCCAUCUAUCGCUCCUGCAACGUCGCAUCCUGCCCAGCAAAUGCUAAAGCCUUUCGACAAGAACAAUGUGAAGCAAGAAAUGGCUAUCAGUCUGAUGCAAAGGGUGUCAAAACGUUUGUUGAAUGGGUCCCUAAGUAUGCUGGCGUGCUUCCUGGAGAUGUGUGCAAGCUCACCUGCCGAGCCAAAGGGACGGGUUACUAUGUCGUGUUUUCUCCAAAGGUGACUGACGGAACUGAAUGUAGGCCAUACAGUAAUUCAGUAUGUGUCCGGGGAAAGUGCAUUCGAACUGGUUGUGAUGGCAUCAUCGGUUCAAAGCUCCAAUAUGACAAGUGUGGGGUGUGUGGAGGAGACAAUUCCAGCUGCACGAAAGUCAUGGGAACCUUUAAUAAAAAGAGUAAGGGCUACACGGAUAUAGUGAAAAUACCCGUAGGGGCAACUCACAUCAAAGUCCGACAGUUCAAGUGUAAAGACCAGAACAGAUUCACAGCUUACCUGGCCCUGAAGAGGAAAAAUGGUGAGUAUUUUGUCAAUGGAAAAUACAUGAUCUCCACUUCAGAAACAAUCAUUGACCUCAAUGGAACUGUCAUGAACUAUAGUGGCUGGAGUCACAAGGAUGAUUUCUUGCAUGCAAUGGGACAUUCUGCCACAAAGGAGAUUCUUAUAGUACAGAUUCUUGCCACUGACCCAACUAAAGCAGUGGAUGUCCGUUACAGUUUCUUUGUGCCAAAGAAGCAAACGCAGAUGACUAACUAUGUCACGAGCAAUAGCAACAAUAAUAAAGUAAUACCACAGCUCACGCAGCCACAGUGGGUGACUGGACCCUGGCUUUCUUGUUCUCGAACGUGCGACACAGGAUGGCAUACCAGGACUGUGCAGUGCCGAGAUGGGCAUGGAAAACUAGCUAAAGGAUGUCUUCUCUCUCAGAGACCAUCGGCAUUUAAGCAGUGCUUACUAAAAAAAUGUUAACCUGUGGUUAUGAUCUUCUUAAAAAGAGGUCUAAGUAAGCCAUUGUUGACAUACUAGUAUUAGAUCUACCUAGGCAGACAAAGCCAAGGCUUCAAUAUACUUACAUACAGUCUCAAAUUAUGGGCAGAAUCUGCCUAUUUGGACCAAAUGAAGAUGUGCACUGCUCUAAGUGACAGUGAGGUGAUCUUAGUAUGUCGCAGAAACUAAACAUUAGAAUUGUUAUAAGCCCUCUGUGUCUGCAAAAAAGGAAGAGGAAAAAACAGUGAAUGGACAAUCAUGGGAUAUUUGAAGGUUACAGAAUCAUCUCCCCCUUUUCACCUACCUCUAAUACAGUAUGUCCUUAGACAACUUUGUCAUACUUACCCAUGAUACCACAGUAGCUUAUUUUAUACAGUUUAUAAAUAUCUUCCCUUUGGUAUGUC